AUGUUUGCUACCUCUGCAGCCCUUGUGGCAUUCGCCGCUCUGGCAUCCGGCCAGAAUGCUCUCCCGGCUGCUCAAGUCCCUUUCAUCGGUGGUGGUGUGCUCCAGAAGGAUGAUCCCCGUCUUGCCAACUACACCUUUGUAUACAGACCUCCCUUUGACCCUAAAGUCUAUGGUGGGUACUACCACUGGUCCGUCAACAACGACACCGUUGCCGUGGCCAACUACACCGGUUACGAUGCCAAGGAUGGCUACACUAUCCCAGACGACUCCUACACCAUGUACCCUUUCUUCUCUGUCGGAGAGAAGAACCCCCGCGGCAUCGAUCAGACCCCUCUCUUCAAGCCUAAAGAGGAGGACUGUGACAAGGACCAGAAGUUCAAGAAGAUCCUUCACAUCAUCUUUGAGAACGAGGUGUUCAGCUGGACCAUGGCCGAUCCGUACUGGCAGCUGCUCGCUCGCCGCGGCAAACUGCUGACCAACUCCCACGGCGUCACCCAUCCUUCCUUGCCCAACUACGCUGCUUUCCUCGCGGGUGAUGUCUUCGGAAUGGCCAAGGAGGACUUCUACAACAUCGAUGCGACCACCAUCUACGAUCUUCUCGAUGUCAAGGGCAUCGACUACGCCACGUACGUUGAAUGGUACAGCCCAGCCGCUACCAAGCGCGGGCCCCUCGAUUGCAAUAACUACAUCUUUAACGGGCCCAUCGACAGCACCAACCCCAAGUGGUCGUCGCAGAUCUACCGCCGCCUGGACGUCCCCGCCCUGCUCUUCAGCACCUACACCUCCGAAUACGAGCGCUGCGCCAAGAUCUACAAUGCCACGGAGAAGUUCGCCGACGACGUCAAGUCGGGCAAGCUGCCCGCCUACUCUUACUAUGUCCCAGACAUGCUGCACAACGGCCACGACCCCGCGUCGGAUUCGGACUACGUGCAUCAGACUACCACCUCCGGAUCCUGGUUCAACGCCUUCCUGGACCUCUACCUGCCGGAACUGGAGAAGCAGGGCACGCUUGUCGUGGCCACCUUCGACGAGGCCACCUGGCAGAACGACGAUGACACGACCCCCAACAACAACAACCAGAUCGUCACUCUGCUGUUCGGUGCCGGUGUUACCCCCAACACCAAGGACGAUUCCUACAUCACCCACUACGGUGUCCUUCGGGGUGCCAUCCAGAACUUUGGGCUGGGAUCCUUGGGUCGCAACGACACAAAUGCUACCAACGGCAACCUGUUUGAUCUUGUUCAUUAA